CGACGAUCCAAUUCCAAUCUUAGCCAGACCCGGAGGCAGCAGCGACCAGCGAGCGACGCCGGCCGGCCAUGCUCUCCGCCGCUGCGUCCGCCAUACCCAGGCUCCGCUUAGCGUCGGGCCCGCGGCUGAGGCGGCCGUCGGCUAGGACGCACUGGCCGCGGCCACUCUCGUCCUCCAGCCACGUAACGCCCGUGGCGGCUGCGGGGGCUGGGGAGCUGGAGCCGCCGGACCUCACCCGCUUAGCCAACGCCGCGCGCAUCUCGCUCUCCCCGCAGGAGGCCGAGGACUUCGAGCCCAAGAUUCGUCAGGUUGUGGAUUGGUUUGGGCAACUUCAGGCAGUAGACCUUGAGUCCAUUGAGCCUUCACUUAGAGCUGGUACAACGGCUGAUAUUUCUUUGAGAAAAGAUAAGCCUGAAACAUUCGAUAACAGAGAUGCCAUAAAGGAGGCCAUUCCAAGUUAUGAUGAUCCAUAUAUCAAAGUGCCAAGAGUGCUGAACAAAGAAUGAUCUGUAGCAUGUAUAUCAGAAUUGUUAGAAUAUUAAUACUCUACAAUGCAGCAUGGUUAAACAUAAUGAUAAAAUUUGCAGAAAGAUUGAACGAGUCACCAGCAAGCUUAAUUGAUUUUGUGCAUUUCAAUUUGAUAAUGCUGUGAUUGAACAGAGCAAUCAGCAACCUUGCAUUGGGACAGGAUAAC